AGGAGGCCGAGAGGCAAAGGCAUUGACCUCUUGCUGACCCUGUUUGCCCAGUUCUUCAGGUUGAGGCCCAGAACUGAUUCAGCUGUCCCAGUGUCCUGCCCUCCCCCUUCCAGACUUCCCCUUCUUGUGAGCCCCUCUUCAGGGCGCCUGCUGGUGGAGGGUACAGCGGGUGGGGCUGAGAAGUGGAAGGGGGUGUCAGAGGAUGAGACAACAGCUGCAGGACUAGAGAGAGACUGAGGAGGAAGAUGAUCAGACUGAGCUUAGAUCCUGGAGUUUAGAGCCUGGAACCCAGAGCCCAGCUCCAGACUCCGAGAACAGAAGACCAGACUAGACUUCCCGCCAGGAAAAAGCGGGGGCGCCCGCCCCUCCCGUCCCUGGAGCCGAAGCUAGAGCCCGAGCCCAAGCCGUCAGCGCGGCGGAACGAGCAGCGCCAGCCCAGUGGGGCUAGUGGGGCCGCAGCCGCUGUCCGCGGUUCUGAAAUGAAGGCGGCGGCGCGCCAUCGGCCCUGAGCCCCAGAGCAGGCGGCGGGGAGGUCGGAGGGAGGAGCCGCCAUGCGGGCGGCCCGGCCGGCGGACGCCUCCCUGCUCUGCAUCCCCGCCACGCUUCUGCUCUGCCUCAGCUCCGCCAGCCUGUGCUUGGUGGAGGCGGACAGCCCCUCUGCCCCAGUCAAUGUCACCGUCAAACAACUGACGGCCAACUCAGCUAUGGUGAGCUGGGACGUGCUUGACGACGAGGUGGUCAUUGGUUUUGCAAUUUCCCAGCAGAAGAAGGAUGUGCGGAUGCUGCGGUUUAUCCAGGAGGUGAACACCUCCACCCGUUCUUGUGCCCUCUGGGAUCUGGAGGAGGACACAGAGUACAUCGUUCACGUGCAAGCCAUCUCCAUCCAGGGCCAGAGCCCUGCCAGUGAGCCUGUCACCUUCAAGACCCCUCGAGAGGCAGAGAAGCUGGCCUCCAAAAACAAAGAUGAGGUGACCAUGAAGGAGAUGGGGAUGAAGAGCCAGCAGCUUAGGACAGGCGAGGUGCUCAUCAUCGUGGUGGUCCUAUUCAUGUGGGCAGGUGUCAUUGCUCUUUUCUGUCGCCAGUAUGACAUCAUCAAGGACAAUGAGCCCAACAACAAGGAGAAAGCCAAGAGCGCCUCAGAGAAUAGCACCCCAGAGCACCAGGGUGGGGGUCUCCUUCGAAGCAAGAUCUGAAAACCUCUUACCUACUCAAAGGGCUUUGAGCACCUGGGAAGAACAGAACUAGAGAAUCGUUGUUCUGACAAUGGUCAUUCAGAUCCUGGUCCUCUCCAUCUCCUCCUCUCUCUACACUAUCAGCCUUCUCACCUCCCUACCCCCAGACUUGGGUUUCCUCUUCUCAAUCCCUGCUCUUAGCUGUUAUCUUUCCACUGUGCUUUCCCUUAAGAGCAACUCCUCUUACACACACACACACACACACACACACACACUCUCUCUCUCACUCUCACAUUCUCUCUCUCUCUUCAAACCUCCCCACCAGUUCCAAAAACACUUUCAAUGGAUGUAGUUGUCGUGGGUAUGCUGAGAAGAAGGGGUCCCCGAGCUGCAAGAUGCCAAGGAUCAAUGGGAAGGAUUGUAGUGAGGAGUGAUGUUCAUGCUGUCCCUGGGCACCCAAGAAGUUGGGUGAGGCUUCAGGCCAAACAAGUGGCUGGGGAAACAGGAGACUCCAGCAUGUUCACUCCCUGGAGGGGCUGACUGGUUCCUACCUUUCCAGUCCCAUAGGCCCAGGCUUCAACAAGGGCAGCCUGUUCCCACCACCCCCAUAGAUACUCCACCUCUGACUUCUCACCAGCUCCAAGCCUACUGACUAGGCCUUGGCAAUUCCUUCCAUCUCUCUCUCCCCACCUUCCAAAUCUAAGCUCUUUAUGAGCAUCACUGAAGCAUAACUGGCUUUCUGCAGGGAGACACUCACCCUUUCUCUUCCCUUUUCCUUUUCCUUCUACGUCCCUGUACCCCAUUCCAAAAAGCCCUAGGAGCAAGGAUAGGAAGGGCUGUUCCACAGUUUGGGAAAGCAUUCUGUUGACUGUUUCUCCACUCCUGCCUUCCACCUCCUUGUCCUAUACUGGAAAAGGCAACUGAACUUAAAAUGAAAUUCCAAAUCCUGAUUAAAAAAAAAAAAAACCAAGGGGGCAGCUAGGUGGUGCAGUGGAUAGAGCACCGGCCCUGGAUUCAGGAGGACCUGAGUUCAAAUAUGGCCUCAGACACUUAUCACUACUAGUUGUGUGACCCUGGGCAAGUCACUUAACCCCAACUGCCCUGCAAAAAAAAAAAAAAAAAACCCAAGCCCAGAACCCAGCCUGAUCACCAGCUCUUAGCAUCUCCUAUAUGGAA